AUGAAUUACUUUAGCCUUAAUAAAUUGGUGACGACACUGGGUGUUCGAAGGUUUUUGGAGUUUCGAACGAUGAAGACCAAAACAAUAAUCAAUGCUGAAGGAAAAGAUGUGAUUAAAAAGAAAACUUAUGAAAAUAGAAUAACGCUGAUAAGUCCAGAUAAUUCACUGAGUAUUACAGACUUGAAAAAUGCUCAGAAUAUAUCCCUUAGACGCGAUUUAAAACUCGUAAAAAUUCAAGAUAUUGAUUCGAAAACUAGACGACCUGUUUACAAACUAAUGACAAACUCAGAAUAUCACGCAGAAGAGCUUUCUAAAAGGAAAGAAAAGCAGAUGGCCCGUCAGAAUGCAUCAAUAAAAGGGGAGAAACUGUUAACUUUGUCAUCGAGGAUAGGAGAACAUGACCUGAUGACUGGUAUAAAGAAGAUGAUGAAAUUGGUAGAGAAACAGUAUGAAGUUAAAGUGGUUAUUGCUGGGGAAGAUGCUGAGGCAGCUAUAAAAUCUGAAAAAAUAUACCAGACCAUAGAGAACCAAGUGAGAAACAUGAGCAAAAUAGUGCAGAAGAGGGUCAAGGGUAACAGUUUAAGGUUUCAAUUGUUGCCUGUAAGGGGUAGUAGCUCUGAAGGUACUGGCAGCACAGACUCUAAUCAAAAUGACAAUAAUAAGGGGCCACUAUGA